AUGUUUUACACACCGGAAGAAAUUGAGGCUGUCAAUGUACCGAAUAUACAGAAUCUGUUACAGUUAGAUCCCUGGUUAGAACCUUUCAAAUAUGAGAUCAAACGCAGAUAUAAAUGCUUUUUAGACCAUAUGAAGUGGAUAAAUGAUGUUUCUGGUUUGGAAGAGUUUACCCAAGGUUACAAGGAAUUCGGGGUUCAUGUACGUGAUGACGGAUCAAUAUACUGCAAAGAAUGGGCUCCUGGGGCGAAAGAAUUGUACUUGAGAGGAGAUUUUAAUGGUUGGCAGGAAUUCACUCAUCCUUUCAAAAAUGUUGGUUUUGGGAAAUGGGAGUUAACAAUACCAUCUGCCAAUGGUUCACCUGUGAUAAAGCAUCUUUCGAAAAUCAAGCUCUUGGUGGUCGCUCAAGAUGGUCGUCGACUGGAUAGAUUAAGUCCAUGGGCUCCAUAUGUUAAAUGCUUUGAAGGGAAUAUCAUUUAUGACCAAUUAUUGUACAAUCCUUCUGAGAGAUACCAACUUAAAUAUCCACAUCCUCCACGGCCUGAAAGUCUUCGGAUUUACGAGUGUCACAUUGGCAUUUCGUCAUCUGAACCGGUUGUCGCAUCUUAUUCUCAUUUCAAGGAAAAUAUUCUGCCUCGAAUUAAAGACCUAGGUUAUAAUGCAAUUCAGAUAAUGGCGCUAAUGGAACAUGCUUAUUAUGCUUCGUUCGGAUACCAGGUGACUAGCUUCUUUGCUGCCUCAAGUCGCUUUGGCACUCCGGAGGAGCUACGCUCUAUGGUUGAUGAAGCACACCGACUGGGCAUUGUAGUUCUCCUAGAUGUUGUUCAUAGUCAUGCUUCUAAGAAUACAAAUGAUGGUCUCAACCAGUUUGAUGGCACAAAUGCUUGUUAUUUCCAUGAUCUAGGCCGUGGAACUCAUGAAUUAUGGGAUUCUCGUCUAUUCAAUUAUACAGAGUUAGAAGUACUACGCUUCCUUAUGUCAAAUUUACGUUGGUGGAUUGAAGAGUACGGUUUUGAUGGUUUCCGUUUUGAUGGGGUUAUGUCUAUGCUGUAUCAUCAUCAUGGUUUGAUGACCAACUUUUCCGGUCAUUAUGGGGAAUAUUUUGGUUUAUCCGUAGACACAGAAUCAUUUACUUAUUUAAUGUUAGCUAACCAUUUUCUACACGAAAAGUAUCCAUUUAUUAUUACGAUUGCAGAAGAGGUUAGCGGCAUGCCUACUCUGUGUCGUCCAGUUUCCGAAGGUGGCGGUGGAUUCGAUUAUCGAUUAGCUAUGGCUAUUCCUGAUAAAUGGAUUGAGCUUCUAAAGAAAUAUAAAGAUGAAGAUUGGAAUAUGGGUAAUCUCGUCCAUACAUUGACUAAUCGACGUUAUGGUGAACUGAAUAUUGCAUACGCGGAAUGCCAUGAUCAAGCUUUGGUUGGUGAUAAGACAUUAUCCUUUUGGCUUAUGGACAAAGAAAUGUACUUCAGUAUGAGCACUUUAAGCCCUCCAAAUUUAAUUAUCGACCGUGGUAUUGCAUUACACAAGUUAAUACGUUUUAUAACACACACCUUAGGUGGCGAAGGUUAUCUCAACUUUAUGGGUAAUGAAUUUGGUCAUCCUGAAUGGUUGGAUUUCCCAAGAGCUGGGAAUAAUAGUUCCUAUCACUAUGCUCGCCGUCAGUGGAACUUGGUGGAUGAUCCAUUGUUACGUUAUAAAUAUCUAAACAAUUUUGAUAGAGCUAUGCAACAUUUAGAAGAGAAAUAUGGUUGGCUUGCAGCUCCACAGGCCUAUGUUAGUAGAAAGAAUGAAGGCGAUAAAGUUAUUGCGUUUGAACGUGCUGGAGUUUUGUUUGUCUUUAAUUUUCAUCCUACUCAGAGUUUUACGGAUUACAAAAUUGGAGUCGAUGCACCUGGAAAGUAUCAUAUUGUUUUGGAUUCCGACCAAGAGGAAUUUGGUGGCUUUAAACGAAUCGACCAAUCUGUUGAUGUAUUCACCCGCAACGAACCAUGGGAUAAUCGUCGAAAUUGUGUUUUUCUAUAUCUACCAAGCCGUACUUGUAUGGCUUUAGCACUGCAAUAA